CGCGGCCCCGCCCCCCCGGCCGGGCCGGACGCCGGGGCGUGGGCAAAAGUGGAACCUGGGGGCCACGCCCCGCCGGCUCCCGGAAGCGCUGUGGCGCUGGGCGGGCCGGGGUGUCGCGACACCAAGGGGACUUGGGGGCGUAUGCCCGCUGCCCCCAGCGCCCUCGGGGCUCCCCGCGCGGGCAUGGCGCGCAGCCUCCGGAGCUGGCUAGGCAGCUGCCUCCUGGUGUCAGCAUUAGGAAUGGUCCCUCCUCCUGAAAACGUCAGAAUGAAUUCGGUUAAUUUCAAGAACAUUCUAGAGUGGGAGUCCCCUGCUUUCCCCGAAGGGAAUCUGACUUUCACAGCGCAAUACUUCAGUUACAGGAAAUUCCAGGACGUGUGCACCGGCACCGCCCUGACCCAGUGUGACUUCUCCCGGCUUUCCAAGUACGGCAACCACACCUUGAGAGUCAGGGCGGAACGGGCGGACGAGCACUCCCAGUGGGUGACCCUCAUCUUCUGCCCCGUGGACGACACCGCGAUCGGACCUCCCCGGGUACACGUAGGGGUGGUCGCCAACUCGUUACAAGUGCGGUUCUCGGCCCCCGGGAUUGAGAUGGAGCCCGGAACCUGGACCAUGAGGACCUUCUACGACUCGUGGGUUUACCACGUGCAGUACUGGAAGAACGGCUCCGACGACACGCACACAGUGGCUUGUCAGCGUGACUUCGAGGUCCUGCGGAGCCUGGAGCCCCUGACCACGUACUGCGUCCGUGUCCAAGGGUUUCUCCGCGACCAGAACAAGUCCGGGGAGUGGAGCGAGCCCGUGUGCCAGCAGACCUCCGGUGCCGAAGCGGCCCCCUCCUGGAUCGUGGUGGCCGCCGUGCUGGGCGCCGCGGUGUGCGCCACCUGCCUGGUGCUGCUGGGCUGCUCCGCCCUGCUGUGGUGCGUCUACAGGAAGACCAGGCGGGUCUUCUCCCGGGGGAACGCGCUCCCGCAGCACCUGAAGGAGUUUCUGAGCCAGCCCCACCGCCACAGGCUUCUGUUCGCCUCCUUCCCGUGCCCGGACGACAGCGAAGUCUUCGACAAACUGAGUGUCGUCGCCGAGCUCCCCAGGGGCGGCGGCGGCAGCGGGCAGGAUGCGGUGGGGGACACCGGCAGCCUCGGGCCGCCGGCGGGGUGGGACCCGCCCACCACCUAGCCCCCCGAGGAGCGGGCACGUCCUACGUCUCGCAGCCGCCUCGGAGGGCGGUCGGAGCGGCCGUUGGGGGCCCGGACGCCGCGAGCCAGGCCCAGCCUGGACCUCCGGGACCCGGGACCACGUCCGGGCAGCCCCGGGAGCUGGUCUGAAAGGCUCGCUUGGCGGAAGGACUCCCCGUCCUGGGACCGGCCGCCUGGUGAAGGCCUCGCCCACCAAGGCUGUCGUCUCAGCCUGUUGGGCUUGCCGCCCGGAGGAAGGGACACGUUGUGACUGUGAGAACUGAACACGCUCACGGCGGGGAGUGAAGACAGGUGCUAGGACGUCACUCCGGACGGCCGCACCGCGACCCCAGGGACCG